AUGCUUACCUUCUGCCCCUACGACGGGUCGCUCUUGACCGUCGGAACCAGAUCCGGUCACAACCGUUUGGAGUGCCGGGCUUGUCCUUACAUCUACCCCAUCACGCAUCCUCUGUACUCGCGUACCUACUUUGAGCGCAAGGCUAGGGAGGACGAGAUUGGUCCUACUGAUUGGUCCAAUGCAGCCAAGGCUACGGUGCAGUGUCCGAAGGAGGGCUGUGAAGGGAAUGAAGCGGCUUUCUUCCAGGUGCAGAUCAGGAGUGCUGAUGAGCCUAUGACGACGUUCUACAAGUGUAUGACUUGCGGUGGACGAUGGAGAGAUUAG